CGUGUUGACUUCAGCUCCAGCAGCGCAGAGAGGUGCGAGACUUUUUCAGCGCCGUGUGUACGCAGAUGAAGUUAACUUUUUUCUGGGAGGGGGGUCAUUUUUUAGGCACUUUUAAAGUAACAACUCAUAGAACACAUGUAGACGAGCAGUGAGAUAAGUAACCGUUGAAGGGAGACAGCUCAACUUUUGGGCUGGCUGCCCUAUGUGGAUUUUACAGAAAAUAUGGAACACAUACCCGGUUUCUUCCUGGGCACGGCUCUAGUCGUGGUCUUCUGCUUCACUCGGCUGACUCUCGCUCUGCAGUGUGUGGAUGAUAAGGCGCCUUGUGUUAACAACGCGACAUGCCUGACCUAUGACAAUGGCACCGAAUACUGCAGGUGUGCUCCAGGCUUUCUGGGAGAGUACUGUCAGCACAGCAACCCUUGUCAACCAGGAUACUGCAUGAAUGGGGGGAACUGUUCUGUGUCCAUGUCAGCUGGUGUACCUGUUCCGGGUAGCGCCUCCUGCACCUGCCCUUUGGGCUUCACUGGACAGCAGUGCCAGACUCCCCAGAACUCCACGUGUUAUCCAAACAAUCCGUGUGCCAACAAGGGUGUCUGUGCCUUGCUGUCCCUCGUCAAGUACAAGUGUGAGUGCACCAGAGGAUGGACAGGUCCACGCUGUGAGCAUGAGGACAGCUGUCUCUCGAGUCCCUGUGCCAACGGUGGAAGGUGUAGUUCUCUGCCCGGUGGUAGUUACACCUGUUCCUGUCCUCCUGGCUACAAAGGUCCCCGCUGCCUUAAUGACACAAAUGAAUGUGCAGACACACCCAAUCCCUGCCAGAAUGAAGGCGAGUGUGUCAACACCCCUGGCUCUUACAAGUGUAUCUGUAAACCAGGGUUCACGGGCCUCCACUGUGAGAGUUCAUACAUCCCUUGCUCACCUUCACCGUGUCUGAACGGAGGCACCUGCCACCAGACCUCUGAAACCACCUACUCCUGCCACUGCCUUCCAGGUUUUAAUGGCACCAACUGUGAGAGUAACAUUAAUGACUGUCCUGGACAUCAGUGUGCAAAUGGAGGAACGUGUAUAGAUGGAGUCAAUACUUAUAACUGUCAGUGUCCUCCAGAGUGGACUGGUCAGCACUGCACGGAGGAUGUGGACGAGUGUCGGCUGCAGCCGAAUACUUGCCAGAACGGUGGCACGUGCAGCAACCUGAUCGGCAGCUACGUCUGCGUGUGCGUCAAUGGCUGGAGCGGCCCCGACUGCUCUGAGAACAUUGAUGACUGCAUGACAGCCGCAUGCAGCCCAGGCUCCACCUGCAUCGACCGUGUUGCCUCUUUUAUCUGUCUCUGUCCCCACGGAAAGACAGGUUUGCUCUGCCAUAAAGAUGAUGCCUGCAUCAGUAACCCCUGCAGAGAGGGCUCACAUUGUGACACCAACCCCAUCACCGGGAUGUUCAACUGUAACUGUCCUCCGGGCUAUAAAGGCAGCACCUGUAACGAAGACAGAAAUGAAUGCGACAUUGGUCCCAACCCAUGCGAGCAUGGCGGUCAAUGUAAGAACACUGAUGGCUCCUUCACCUGUAAAUGCGUGAGAGGUUACUCUGGGCCUCGCUGUGAACAGGAUGUCAACGAAUGUGCUUCCAGCCCCUGCCUGAAUGAUGGCACAUGUCUGGAUCGUAUCGGGGAAUACACCUGUAUCUGCAUGCCCGGAUUUGAGGGGACUCAUUGUGAGAUUGACGUGAAUGAGUGUAUGAGCUCCCCCUGUCUGAACCAGGGUAAAUGUGUGGACCAGGUCAGCCGUUUUGUUUGCCAGUGCCCAGCAGGUUUCAGUGGAGAAAUGUGUCAAAUAGACAUAGAUGAGUGUUCCAGCACGCCCUGUUUAAAUGGAGCCAAGUGCGUCGACCGACCCAACGGAUAUGAUUGUGAAUGUACAGAAGGGUUUACUGGUUUUCUUUGUGAGGAGAACAUAAAUGACUGUGAUCCACCUCCUUGUCACCACGGUGUGUGUAAGGAUGGCAUUGCCACCUACUCUUGUGACUGCAGCUCUGGGUACACUGGCUCCAUCUGUAACAUCCAGGUCCAGGAGUGCCUCAGCAACCCAUGCCAAAAUCGGGGGCGCUGUAUUGACUUGGUUGAUGCGUACCAGUGUAACUGUCUACCUGGAACCUCUGGUAUUAACUGUGAGGUAAAUGAGAAUGACUGUGACAGCUUCCCUUGUAAGAACGGAGAGUGCCAAGAUGGCAUCAAUGAGUACAAAUGCGUGUGCUACCCUGGAUACACAGGAGAUCGAUGUGAUGUCAACAUCAAUGAGUGCGAGUCAAACCCAUGUAUGAGUGGGGGAACCUGCAAGGAUAUGGUGAAUGGGUUCCAGUGCCUGUGCCCACCCAGCACCUAUGGCCCCCUGUGCCUUUCGGGGACUGAUCACUGCGCUUCUCAGCCUUGUGAUCAUGGAGAUUGUAUCGAACAGCAGCAUGGGUACCGAUGUGAGUGUAAGCCUGGUUGGGUGGGGCUACACUGUGAGCAGGAAAAGAACGAGUGCCUGCCAAACCCGUGCUCCAACGGCGGCAUCUGCCAGGACCGACUAAAUGGCUACACCUGCCAGUGCAAACCAGGAUUCAGAGGUGUCAACUGUGAAAAGAACGUAGAUGAGUGUGCAUCAGAGCCAUGUCUGAACAAAGGCAUUUGUAGAGAUGGGAUCAACAGUUACACAUGCCAGUGUAGUCCACCAUUCACAGGAAAGCACUGCGAAGUGGAGCAGGUUCCCUGUGCCUCCCAUCCAUGUGAGAGGGGAGGAGUUUGCCUCCCGUCUGCAGAUUACACUUCUUAUACCUGCCGGUGUCGACCUGGCUGGCAAGGAAAACGCUGCAAUGAAGACGUAAACGAAUGCUUGAAGAACCCCUGCCUGAACGGUGGUCGCUGCAUUAACAGCAAUGGAAGCUACAUGUGUAAAUGUCAACGUGGAUACAGUGGACACAACUGUCAGAUAAACGUCAACGACUGCUCACCAAAUCCGUGCCUGAAUGGAGGCAUGUGUGUGGACGAAGUGGCGAGUUUCUCCUGCGACUGCCGCCCAGGUUUCGAAGGGGAGCGCUGCGAGACUGAUGUGAACGAGUGUGCCAGCCAGCCCUGCAGGAAUGACGGCGUAUGCCGCGACCACAUGAACAGCUUCGUGUGCAAGUGCCCACCGGGGUUUAACGGAAUCCAGUGUGAGCACAACAUUCUCGAAUGCACUGAGAGCUCCUGUCUCAAUAAUGGCACUUGCAUUGAUGAUAUUAACACCUUUUCCUGCCAUUGCCGGCCUGGUUUUUACGGGAAGUACUGUGAGUUUGAGGAGAACGAAUGUGAAUCCCAGCCCUGUAAGAACGGAGGCACCUGCACAGACGGCCUGGGGACUUACCGCUGCACCUGUCCUCUGGGAUACAGUGGACAGCACUGUCAGAACUAUGUGAACCUGUGCAACCAGGUUAAAUGUGAAAACGGUGGCACCUGCUCUCAGACAGCUACGUCCUGGACCUGCCGCUGUCAGAUGGGGUGGACUGGACUUUACUGUGAUGUCCCCAACAUGUCCUGUCAGGACUAUGCUGCCAGGAGAGGUUUGGAAGUGGAAAAUAUAUGUAAAAAUGCAGGUCACUGUGUCAACGUGGGGAAUUCCCAUCAGUGUAAGUGCCAGUCAGGAUACACAGGCAGCUACUGUGAGGAGAUGGUGGACGAGUGCCAGUCCAACCCCUGUCGAAAUGGCGCUACAUGCAAGGAUUAUCAGGGCACCUAUGAAUGUGUAUGUAAACCAGGUUACCAAGGAGUAAACUGUGAGUAUGACGUUGACGAAUGCCACUCCAAGCCCUGCUUCAAUAGAGGAACAUGUAUCAACCUUAUCAACCGCUUCACCUGUAUCUGCCCACCUGGGACAAGCGGAGUCCAGUGUGAGGUGAAUGAGGACGACUGCUCCCCCAGCCAAGGCUCCUCUGAGCCGCGCUGCAGAAACGGAGGGCAGUGCAUCGACGGUAUUGGCCAUUACACUUGCUCCUGCCCUCCAGGGUUUGUUGGAGAGCGCUGCGAGGGGAAUGUCAAUGAAUGCCUGUCUGGACCCUGCCAUGACGCUGGCAGUCUCGACUGCAUUGAGCUGGUCAAUGAUUAUCAGUGCCUCUGUCGCCUCGGAUACACAGGGCGCCACUGUGAAUCCAUGGUGGACCUGUGUCUGUCUAAGCCGUGCCGUAAUGGCGGCACCUGCUCCAUGAACAUGAGCUCGGUGCACGGCUACAUCUGCACUUGCCCUCCAGGCUUUUCUGGAUUCAGCUGUGGUGAAAUAGGUGUAGAGGAUUAUAACUGUGCAAGGCUGGGUUGCCAAAACGGCGGACGCUGUCUGAGGUCACAGGCAGGAUACCUGUACUGCCAAUGCCAACCGGGUUUCAGUGGGUCACACUGUGAGAAGGAACAGUCGUGCUCUGUGCCCUGCCAGAACGGUGGAGUCUGUUUCAAAGAUCCGUUGAACCCAUUUCAGCACAGCUGCCGGUGUCUCAAGAACUUCUUUGGACGAUUCUGUGAGAACAGAGUAAGCGUGUCAGAGCCUCCGAAAUGUCCUUACGUGCAGUGUGAGCAGCACUCAGGAGAUAACGUGUGUGAUGAUCAGUGCAACAACCAUGAAUGCCAGUGGGAUGGAGGCGACUGCUCGCUCAACUGGCUGCAACCAUGGGUUGGCUGCAAAGCCAGUGUUCCCUGCUGGGAUCUCUUCAAAAACGGACAGUGUGAUAAGGAGUGUGACAACCCUGGGUGCCUCUUUGACAGCUUUGAAUGCCUAGAUACGCAAACCAGCCCCUGCAAGUAUGACAGGUACUGCAAGGACCACUUUGGAAAUGGCAACUGUGACCGGAGCUGCUACACUGAGGCUUGUGGCUGGGACGGACUGGACUGUUCUAAUGACGUGCCUGCCGAUCUGGCAGCUGGCACGCUCAUUAUCGUGGUGCGACUGCAGCCGAAGGAGCUUCUUGGAGACUUGAGGGGUUUCUUGCGCUCCCUAGGAGCCCUGCUCCACACCAGCGUGCGGGUGAGGCUGAACGAAAAGAAGGAACCAAUGGUGUACCCUUACUAUGGAGUGGACUACCAGCAGAGACAAGCAGGUCGAAGGAGCAAAAGCAAGCGAGAGCUAGACAGAGAGGUUAUUGGGUCUGAGAUGCAUCUGGAGAUCGAUAACCGUGAAUGUUCCAAGAGCUCCUCUUCUAAUUGCUUCUCCAACACUUCUACAGCUGCCUCCUUUAUUGCAGCAGCUCACAUCAAGGCUGACCUGCCUUACCCCCUGGUGUCUGUCAGCAGUGAUCCAACAGUGGACGAACCCCCAAUAUAUCUAAUCCUGAUAGGAGCUGCUGCGUGUAUCGUUCUCCUUAUUUUGGUGCUGGGGGUGCUGGCAGCCAAGAAAAAACAUAAACAUGGUGUUCUGUGGCUGCCUGAUGGUUUCUUGUCCACCAAAAACGACAAGAGAAGAGAGCCUGUUGGGCAAGACGACUUUGACAUGAAAAAUUUCAAGACACAUGAUGACAGCAUAGGUGAUGGAAAUCAGAGUAAGAGAUGGCUUGAAGAUGAAGCCCCAUCCAAAAAACCAAGAACCGAAGACAAACCUCUGCUUCCCAUCCCGAUGGAUGGAGGUGUCGACCACAGAGAGUGGACCCUGCAGCAUCGCAAAGCUGCUGAUAUUACUCUUACUCCUCCACAGGCUGAAUUGGAUGCUGACUGUCUGGAUGUUAACGUCAAAGGACCUGAUGGCUUUACCCCUCUAAUGGUGGCAUCCCUGCGACAUGGAACUGGGCCUGACUGUAGCCUGCAUGGAGAAGAGGAAGACGAGAGUGGAGGAGACGAACCCGGACCGAGUGUUAUUUCUGAUCUGAUUGCUCAGGGCGCAAAUCUGAUGGCUCAGACUGACCGCACAGGGGAAACUGCUCUCCACCUGGCUGCCCGCUACGCCCGGGCCGACGCUGCUAAGAGAUUGCUGGACGCUGGAGCAGAUCCCAAUGCUCAUGACAACAUGGGCAGAACUCCACUUCAUGCCGCUGUGUCAGCUGAUGCGCAAGGAGUUUUUCAGAUUCUGAUCCGUAACCGUGCUACAGAACUGGAUGCCAGGAUGAACGACGGUACGACUCCACUGAUCCUGGCAGCAAGGCUCGCUGUGGAGGGCAUGGUGGAAGAGCUGAUUCACUGCCACGCUGACAUCAAUGCUGUAGAUGACCACGGUAAAUCUUCUUUGCACUGGGCAGCGGCUGUUAAUAAUGUGGAGGCCACUCUUGUGCUUCUGAAGAAUGGUGCCAAUCGUGACAUGCAAGACAACAAGGAGGAGACCCCCUUGUUUCUUGCAGCACGAGAAGGCAGCUUUGAGGCGGCUCAGGUUCUUCUUGACCACUACUCCAACCGUGAUAUCACAGAUCACCUGGACCGGCUCCCGCGUGAUACUGCUCAAGAACGCAUGCAUCAUGACAUAGUCCGUCUGCUGGACCAAUACAAUUUGGUUCACAGUCCACACAACGGGCCAAACCACAUGGGUGGAAACUCCUCGAUUAUGUGCGGGGCUAACGGAGCAGGAUUCAUCGGUAUGCGCAAUGGACCUCAAGGCAAGAAGAGCAGAAGGGGAGGAGCUGGGGCGAAGGCGGGAGGCGUUGGCGGGGGGCCAAAGGAGCUUAAAGACAUGAAAGCAAAGCGAAGAAAGAAACCUGCUGGAGGAGAAGGUCCAGGUUUGGCUGCUGCUGCAGGAGGAGGAAGUGGAGGUUGUGCAGGUGGAGGGAGCACCAAUGGUGUAAAGGCAGCAGGUGGACUUCAAGAGAGCUCUGUCACCAUGUCACCUGUCGACUCCCUAGAGUCACCUCGCUCCUACACGGGUGAAGUUUCUGUUGCAGCCUCCAUUACAGCUAAUUCCCCUCCUCUACUGAGCAGUCCCACCUCCAGAGCAAUGCUGCCCCCUGUCAGCCACAUGCUGGGACAGCAGCAGGGCUGGGUGGACAUGGCCAAGCAUGGCUACAACGGUCACAUGUUUGGUCUCCUUCCACACCCGAUGAGAGGAACACACCCAGUCAUGAACCAUUGCCAGAGUGGCAUGAUGACUCCCAUGAACGUCACCAUGAGCAGGGAGCAGCUGCCCUCCAUCGUCACUUUCCAGAUGAUGCCAACGGGGACGGGCCAGGCCAUGCUGAAGCAGUCUCAGUCGGGACAGGUGCAAGUCACACAGGCCCAGGGGCAGAACCAGAAUCUGUGUCACACCCAGCAAGUACCGGGCCACGUCCACUGCAGCCAGGGAAUGAUUUACCCUGAUCAGAUGAAUGUGGUGCAAGGUCCCUCACACAAUCUGCAGCAUCCCCAUACCAUCAAUCACUCCAGUGGGAUGGAGGGCCAGUCUCGACCGUUGCCACCUUAUGCAAUGCAGAGCCCGGUGGAUAAAUACCCAACACCUCCCUCCCAGCACAGCUGCAUCAACACCGGUUCAGAAAGCACCACCCCGGGCAACCACCCGCAAAACGAGCACCCGUAUCUCACACCUUCCCCCGAAUCGCCAGACCCCUGGUCCUCCUCUUCGCCUCACUCUAAUUCGGACUGGUCUGACAUCACCACCAGCCCCACCCCGCUGGGGAACUCCACCGCACACUGCCGUCUUCACGCCACACACACAUUGCAGAGCAGGCGCAGAUGCAGCCGCCGUCGCAGCAGAUGCCGCAGCCCGCUCAGCAGCCUCAGCUCGGAAACACGCAGCUGUUUGCGUGAAGCCGCCAGAGGAAAGCAGACACAGACUGACACAAAAACACACAACCAGUGCCUUUCUCUGACCUCCGUGUUCGUUGAAAUCUUAAUCAGCCCCCUCCCCUUUUUGCAUCCCUGUCUUUUUCCAGUCAGGAAAACAAUGUAUAGUUUGUAUAACGUAACUCAGUACUUUCACCCAAAAUCAAAUUCUCUGGAGCAGAACUUUGACUCUAAAAACUUUUCCAUAAAUUUACAUUAAUCAGCCAAGACCUUUUCUCUUCAUUUGGAACCAAAUUUGCACAAUAAUAACCACUGCCACACCAUCCAGGCGCAUCCCAAACUGGUUCUGAUUUCUGAGGGAUCAAGAAGAGACUGUCGACCACAAGGAGCUCAGCACUUGUUGCUUCAGAAAAAUAAGACUUUUUCUACACUGACACUCUAAUCUGGAACGGUUUGUUAAAUCUGUUUGCUAGAUGCUACCUUCAUGUGUUCUUCAGUGUUAUGAACCUGCCGAUACUAACUCCUGGUUGACACCGUUCACUCUAAAUGUUUUUAUUUAACAAGUCUAAAUCAGUUAAUGCUUUUAUUAAAUAUGGAAACCUCCUUGCUGGUUUCUCUUUUUUUUUCUUCUUAUUCCUGCUUAUUUUGCUAAAGGCUAGUUUGUACAAAUGUUCUGGAAUGGUGGGAAAGACGAAAACAUAAAUGUUUUAUGGUUCUACAUUUGCAGUUUAGUUUGGUACAUUGAUUAUCUCUGGAAGCUCUUUAUGUGCAAACAGCAAUGUUGAAAUAUUUAUGUUUUAUCCGUUUCCAUUCUUAAGAAGUAGCGGAGGGAUUCAUUCUGUUGCUUUAAAAAAAUAUGCGUUGGUUUUGUUGAUCGUUACCGUUGGUGUCUCCAGGUUUAAUAUGCUGUAAGAAGAAAUGUACAUACACUUAAAGCAGGUUCUGCUUGUUUUAGUUGAGCUAAAUUUGUUGUUGCCCUCUUAAAGUGCCUGUUUUUUUUUAUAAAUAUCUGCACUUCCUGAAUGAUUUUGAAUGUUACAAAGGCGCAUGUUCUUACCGUUAAACUGCCUCUCUUCUAAGCAGUUGUCUUCCAGAAAUAUAUAUAUAUAACCAGCUUUGCUUAUCUACAAUCAGCGUAUGUCAUGAUUCAUUACCAAGUCUGACCACGAGCAGUAAAACGUGGGGUUUCCUCUGUUAGUAUUGUUUCAGCUCUGUGUUCACAGACAAUCAUAAAAAUGUUUUAACUGUUGAUGAUUUAAAAAAAAAAAAAAAAAGAGCGAGAGACCAAAUUUUGUUUUAGUCAAGCCAAAAAUCCUCACUGUGUACAUACAUGUGUAAAAGUUUAAAAGACUUGCUUUUUAUCAGAAGUAGGAGACGGAGCGCAUCAACCAAAACGUUGAAUCACUGUCAGCGAGGACGAACCAAUCGAUAUUCCUGAACUUUGCCUUGGUUUCCGUACACACGGUGUCUCUUUGGUUUCACAAACCCAUGUACUGUACGGUGACAUGUCAGUCUACAUUUUUAGUCAUAACUAUCUGGUACAUAUGCAAGGCUGUGUCUAUGUUCUGUAUAUAAAAUGUAUUUCGUAUGUUUACCAUUCUUUUCUAAGUUAACCACAUAGCCUGUAUUAUCCAUGCAGUAUGAAGUAGUUGUCACUAUGUCUAUAAUAUAAGGCAGAGCCGAGGUCGAUUGAGGCAAUGAUCUGUUCUGAAAAAACAAAAAAACAAUAAUAAACCAAAUGUGUUUACUUAAAUAAAACCCUGAUCUUAAUAGA